CACGCGCUCAGCUCUCCCGCGGCGGUUAAGUACGUUUAAGUAGUCAUUCCUAUCCCGGCGGUUCCAUGCUCAGUUCUUGGCCCGGGCAYAGGGGAAGCGGCAACAGGUCCUCGCGGACACCCUCGGCUUCCCWCACCCGCAUUCCGCAGCGUGCGUGGGUGCGGCUGCCCGGCGGUCUGCACCCGUUMGCGACCCAAAGGCUGGCCAGCCGGGCGGACUCUCGGGAAUCCACCCCGGUGGUCUCCGGAGCCAGGUUUUAAAUAAUUCAUGAGCUGGGCCCCGCGAGCGGGGCAGUGAAGGGAGAGGUCCGCGGCAGCGGUGAMGAAAGCCGGAGAUGGAGCAGGACCCCGGCGCGUGAGAUGUUGCCUUGAGUGAAUGACUCCAUUGAAGGAAGCUCUUCUGCGUCCCUUGCUGCAAGCCAGCCCUGCCAGGAAGAAGACUCAGCAGGUCCAGGACCCACUAGACCACCUCUGCACAGGAAGGACCUGUCUUCCCUAAGGCUUCCAGAAGCUACCUCAUGUUCAGGGAAUCUUGCUAGCUAUGGCCCUCCUGUUUGGUAUACUGCUGCUGCUGGGGCUUUGUGGGAAUAUCAUCUCAGAAAACACUUCUGAGGCAUUGGAUUAUGAAUUGCCUGCAUCCGAAUAUGAGACUGAAGACACCUACAGUCCCGGGCCCAUUAGUGUUCUCUUCGAAAUGGUGCGCAUAUUCAUCUACAUAGUGCAGCCCGGAGAGUUCCCUGAAGACUCCAUCAGAAAAUUUAUACGGAACAAAUUUGAAGUCUCGGCUGUUUAUGAUGAGCCAGAAAACAUAGUCUUGAUCCUGAAGAUCGCCCACUAUGAGAUCGGCGUUAUCCUGUGYGUUAUCCUGGGAGUGUUAUUUAUUAUUCUGCUACCUGUGGUGGGUUGUAUCUUUGCGAUAUGUCGUUGCUGUAACAAAUGUGGUGGGAAAAUGCACCAGCGUCCGAAGGAGAAUGCGCCCUACCAGAGGAGGUGCCUUGCAAUCUCCCUCCUGGUGAUUUGCGUGCUCGUAAGCAUUGGAAUCAUCUACGGCUUCGCGGCCAACCACCACGUGAGACACCGCGUCAGAACGUCUCAGAAGCUGAUAGACAGCAACUUGAAAGACCUGCGAACCCUCGUGAACGAAGCGCCACAGCAAAUUGACUAUAUCGUGGACCAGUUCAACACCACCAAAGAGAAGGCCUUCUUAGAUCUGGACAAUAUUCAUUCGUUGCUGGGAGGUGGAAUUCUCGAGAGACUAAAGCCUAAGGUGAUCCCUGUUCUUGAUGAGAUCCAGGUCAUGGCGAAAGCAAUUAAAGAAACCAAGGUGGCCCUGGAGAACAUGAACCAGAAUUUUAAGAGCCUGAGGGAUGGAAGCCAACAGCUCAGCAACAGCCUGUCUGCUGUGAAACAGAACAUGCAGAAUUCUCUGCAAGGCCCUGAGUGCCUUCUUCCACAAGUGAGUGACAUCUGCAAGAACAUUGAGUCGUCUCUGAGCCAGCUGGAGGGCAACCCCGAACUGAGCAAGCUCCCAUCUAUGGACACAGAACUUCAAAAUAUUAAUAAUGUUCUCAGAAAUGAUUUGGAUGCCAUGGUCCAAAAGGGCUACCAAUCCUUCAAUGACAUUCCUAAGAGGGUGCAAGUCCAAACCACGAAUAUCGUAGCAGAAAUCAAAAAGCUCUUAAAUACCGUGGGUUCCAAAGUCAAGGAUGCAACCAAAGAUAUUCCUAUUCAGAAGUCCUUGUCAGAGUUCAAUAGUCAUAUGGAUGAGAUUGAAAAAGAAAUCAAACAGAAGUUGCAUCGGGCAGAAGAAGUUGACUCCUACUGGUGGCUGUGUAGCCUGAUYUCCUGCUUUCUGCUGUUACUCAUCGUGAUUUUUUUUUACCUGGGCUUGCUGUGUGGCGUCUACGGCUAUGACAAGCACGCUACCCCAACCACCAGAGGCUUCGUAUCCAACACGGGAGGCAUCUUCCUCAUGGUUGGAGUUGGAUUCUGUUUCCUCUUUUGCUGGAUAGUGAUGAUCCUUGUGGUUCUUUCUUUUGUUCCUGGUGUGAAUAUGGAAAAACUGAUCUGUGAACCUUAUGCAAAUGGGAAGAUAUUCCAGAUUUUGGACACCCCCUACUUACUAAACAAGGAAUGGAAAUACUACAUCUCUGGCAUGRUUCUUAAAAAACCAGAUAUUGAGCUCACUUUUGAACAAAUUUACAGCGAUUGCAAAAACAACAGAGGAAUUUAUUCCACACUUCAACUCGAGAACCUCUUCAAUAUCAGCGAGAGUCUCGACAUUCACAAGCAUACUGACGACAUAAACAAUCGACUUGAACGUCUGGAUAUAAAACUUGGUGGCAUUGUUCUUCUGAACGAGGAAGGAAAAAACAACCUCAAGGAAUUCUCUAAUAGUGGGAUAGACAAUAUAGAUUAUGACACCCUCUUGGCUCAGAGUAAAACCUCUCCUGGAAAAGUGAAUCUUGUAUCAUUUUCAUAUGAUCUGGAUACAAAGGCAGACCGUUUGCCCCCCGGACAAUUAAAGCAGUCCAUGAAGUCAGAAGCGCAAACUCUUAGAAAAAUUCACCAGGAUCAAGUCCUUCCCAUGGAGAGGACCCAGGUCGAUGUACAAAAAAAUAUCAAGAUUCUUCAACGCACAAGUGGGGGACUAAAGGAGAAAGUGUCCAAGAUCCUGCAAUCUUUGGAUUCUGUUCAGGUCUUCAUAACAAACGAUAUUUCCUCCGUUAUUGUGGAAGAAACGAAGAAAUUUGCGAAAAAAAUCUUACGCUAUUUUGAACACUACCUAGAGUGGGUGGAGCUGGCUGUCACUGAGAAGAUGGUGCCCUGCAAGCCUGUGGCCACCGCCGUGGAUUCUGCUUUUAAAGUGAUUCUGUGUGGCUUCAUUGUGGACCCUCUGAAUUUGUUUUGGUUUGGCUUAGGGAAAGCUACUUUUCUUUUACUCCCGGCUCUAAUCAUCGCCGUGAAGCUGGCCAAGCACUACCGCCGCAUGGAAUCAGAGGAUGUAUAUGAAGAUAUGGAAAAUGGUUAUCAUAAAGCUCAUCCAUAUGGUAUUCACAAUGCUGUUAUGCCAAGCUCGUUACAAUAUUAUUUCUGAGGUUGAAAUUGCUUGAGCAUCAAGACACACAACGUGGAAGGAAUGAGACUGUUGGUAAAUCUGGGUCUGUGAGAACUUUGCAAAUUCAAGAGGAGCAGCUCUGGUGGCAACACAGUGACUCAAGGGGACUUCUUGGUCUCUGGGUAGAGCUUUGUUAGGAAUGAACACAGUCACGUUCCUAGUCCAUGUGUCCAUCACUAUUCAAGGAUAAUCUUCCCUCCUGUUUAUUAUUUUUUUUAAUACUGAAUUUCUAUUUAGAUACCAUACCAUAUGGGUUUGGACACAUUUCUGGGUCAAACAGUCCAUCCGAUAUUAAUACUGAGAUUCUAAUUUACUCACGUAGGUAGAGUGUGCUGGACACAUACAGUUUACAGAAAAUGUGUAUUUUGUGUAUAGUAGAUUGUAUAUACACCUUUAACACAGCUAGGGUUUUUUAAAACAAAUGAGUAUUGUAAGGGUUUUCUUCUAAAUGAGCUUACUAUCGGGUCAGUGUUGAUUUAUUGGUGCUGUUGAAAAUAAUCCAUUUUCACUAAAAGUAUGUGAAACCUACAGCAUGUCCUUCACCUAGGAUUUGCAUUCACUUUGUCAAUGAUUGGUCACGGUGUUUGGGAACAGAAUACAAAAGCAGUCCCAGAGUACCCCCACUCUAUUAAUAACAAGUUCAAAACAGAGAGAUCUUGAGAGAAGGAAUGCUGUUUGGCCGAAGGUGGAGCUGUUUGAACAGAGGCCAAGUGCAGUGUACACUUAAUCUUCUGAUUCAGGAUGAGAAUCAUCUGGAUGUCAUCUGAUUGUUGUGAGAGGGGACUCUGAAGCGAAACAGGGGACGACCCUGUCAUGGUUCUUAGAUUUUUGGUGUCCAACAUGAAUAAGGCCUUCAUGCUUGGUCCUUAGAAAUAUAUGAAAGCAUGAGUCAGUAUCUGUUUGUUUUGGGUUACUCACAUUGUCUUUGCCUUUUUCAAAAGUGAUCGGCAAUGAAAUACUGUCAAACCAAAGUAGCAGUGAUGUCAUGCAUGACAUUCAAGAUGUGGGCUUUGUACCAGGUCUUUUGAGUGAAGAUCACUGUCCUGAUU